AUGUCGACUGAAGUAAGGGAUGAAGUUGAUAUUGAUGUAAUUGAACUUCUUACAAAUGUUGAUUUCCCUCAAAUAUUUGAUAGUGAUGAUGAUGCUUAUAAUUUUUACUCUUCGUUUGCACAAAGAAGUGGUUUCUCAAUUAGACGUCAUCACGUUUAUAGAAACACUACUGAUGAGGGAAAUCCAGAAACAGUUUACAAAAGAGAGUUCGUUUGCCAUCGAUCCGGGGUUUCUAAACCAGUCAAAGUUAAUGAACUGGAAAGUCAAAGGAAACGGAAAGCUUCAAGGUGUAGUUGUAGUGCGAGAUUGGUGGUUGCUAAAGAGACAAUUGGGUCGGAAGAAAAAUGGGUGGUAAUAUAUUUCAACAAUGUCCACAACCAUGAUUUGUUAGAUGAGAAAGAGGUUCAAUUUCUCCCUGCUUAUCGUAACAUCCCGGUUGUUGACCAAAACCGUAUACUAAUGAUGCAUAAAGCUGGUUGUUCCAUUAAUGUCACAAUGAGAUUGCUUGAAUUAGAGAAAGGAAUAGAUGUAGGUAGUCUACCAUUUAUGGAUAAAGAUAUUAGGAAUUUCCUUCAAAACCAAAAUGGUAUUGACAAACAAAAUGAUGCUUUAGAUGUCUUGAAAUUGUGUAAAGGGUUGAAAGAGUUAGAUGAUGCCUUCCAAUAUGAUUACACAAUAGAUGAGAAUAAGAAGUUGGAACACAUUAUUUGGGCAUUUGGUGAUUCAAUCCGUGCAUAUGAAUCUUUCGGGGAUGUGGUUGUCUUUGAUACUACUUAUCGAAUAAAUCGUUAUGAUAUGCCACUUGGAAUAUGGCUUGGAGUUGACAAUCAUGGGAAUUCAGUUUUUUUUGGUUGUAAUUUCCUAGCUUUUGUCAAAGGAAAGAAUCCACAAACAAUUCUUACAGAUCAAGAUCCCUCGCUUAAAGAAGCUAUUGCAAAUGAAUUUCCGAACACAAAACAUGCAUUUUGCAUAUGGCACAUCUUGGCAAAGUUGCCAAGUUGGUUUUCGUUUGUAUUAGGUGCAAGAUAUAAUGACUUUAAAUCUGAGUUUUUCAAGGUGUACCAUUUAGAUUGUGAAGAUGAUUUUGAACAAUAUUGGAAAUCCAUGGUUGCACAAUUUGGUCUAAGUAACGAUAUACAUAUUAAAUUGUUGUAUUCUCUUCGCCAACGAUGGGCUCUACCUUAUUUGAAGGACUUUUUUUUUGCUGGGAUGACAACAACUGGACGUUCGGAAUCGAUAAAUUCAUAUAUAAAACACUUCUUGGAUGUUGGUGUUGCUGUCCAAAUUAGGAAUCAAGUUGGAGAGGAAGCAAGAAUGCGUCAAAAGUAUCAUAAUCAUCUACUUAAAACAAGUUUUCCAAUGGAGGAACAUGUUGCAUCUAUACUCACACCUUAUGCUUUUGGGUUGAUUCAAAUUGAGAUUGAGUUAUCUACAAAAUACGCUGCAACUGAAACAAACAGUGGCUCUUUUAUUGUGAAGCAUCACACCAAAGAUGAUGGAGGUCGUCUUGUAACUUGGAUAGAAAGUCAAGAAUCAAUUCGUUGCUCUUGUAAGGAAUUUGAGUUUUCUGGAAUAUUGUGCAGGCAUGCUAUUCGAGUGCUUCUAAUGAAAAAUUAUUUUCACAUACCUUCAAAGUAUCUUCCUUUUCGAUGGAGACGUGAAAGUUCAUUGAUCCCAAGAUCUAGGCACAUAGUAAACAACAAUGAUGUCUCCUCUUCUGAGUUUCAUUCUCUGAUUCAAUGUCUUGAAUAUGAAUCUUUAAAAACAAAAGAACGGAAACAAAUUGCUACUAAAGGGUUGGAGGAUCUUAUCCGAGAGAUAAAAGGAAUGUCCGAAAGUCAUGAAGAUCAAAUUGGUUUGGAAGUUGUUCCAAAUAAUGAUGAAUGUGAUGUUGGAAUUCCAGUUAGAACUAGAAGCAAAGGUCGACCAAAAGGUUCAAAGGCAAAAGUAGUAGUUGAAGUUGUUUCAAAUAAUGAUGAAUGUGAUGUUGGAAAUCCAGUUAGAACCAAAAGCAAAGGUCGACCAAAACGAUCAAGGCCAAAAGGAGGAGUUGAAGCUGCAACCAAGAUUCGCCAUUGUCUUUUUCCGAAUUGUGGUGCAACCGGCCAUGACACACGGAAUUGUCCAAACAAAAGGAAACAUAAUGACAUGUUGCCUAAUGAAUCACCUAAUGUGUUCAAAAAGGGCUGGAGAAAUUCAUCUAAUUAAUAGUCAAAAAAGGCUUCGAGGAUGUAAUGGAUAAAAGUGAUGAUAGUAAUUCAACAGAGAUGUGUUUCAUGUUUUCUGGUGUGGUUUUAGUAGUGGGAGUAGUAGCUAUAAUACAAUGAUAUAGUGUUGACUAUAUCAUUGGAUAAAAGUACUAAGUUGCUUUUCAUUAACUAGU